CGACUUUCUUCCACCAUCAUGGGUUAAACUGCGUAUACUUGCAGCAAAACUGGACACGGCCUGAUACAACCCCGAGUACCAUCAGCUGGACCACUUCGCUGAGAUAACUGGACUUGUGACCGCCCUCACACAACAGAGGAUAAAAAGUAUUUUCUUAAUAAAGAGGAACCAAGUGGAAAUCUUCGGGUGGCUUACUCGCGACAUGAAAUGUGGGUCUUCUCCUGACCCCUUGCUCAGCUUACACUACUCACCACGGUACUCUACCCAUGUUCCAGCUGCCCACAGUAACGGUUCCUGCCUGUGCCAUGUGACAGGGAUUUACCGUAUUCUGUACGGCCAUCUCCGGCGUGACAGGGAUUUACCGUAUUCUGUACGGCCAUCUCCGGCGUGACAGGGAUUUACCGUAUUCUGUACGGCCAUCUCCGACGUGACAGGGAUUUACCGUAUUCUGUACGGUCAUCUCCGGUGUGACAGGGAUUUACCGUAUUCUGUACGGUCAUCUCCGGUGUGAGCGGGGUUUCUCCUAGUCUACACGGAUGCCACUGCACCUUGCCUCCGCUGUCCCGUGCCACGUGAUUUUCUUUCUCGCCUUUCUGGCAGAACUGAGCCACCAGCAAGGCUGUGGAAAUCACGUGGUUUGCACAGGACAACGCCCAAAACUGUCUUCCGGUUGCUGCCCCGUACAAGCUGGACAACCAUGUCGGCCGGCGGACGGGGGGGAUUGUGACUCCGACCUGGGAUUCCACUGUGGUUUGGAGGGCGGUGCCCGUAUUGCAAAUGGAAGUGGGAUAUGUCAAGGUCAGUACGAUCUCCGUGCGACGUCUAAUGGGCAGAGGGAAGUGGAGUUAGCGUGGUCACCCUUCGCCCCGCCUGACUAUUUGUUCGAGUACGUGCUCUUCAUGCGAGAGGGCACCUUCAACUAUGAUAUCAAUAACUGGAAUCAAAUAGAACUGUCGAAUUCUGCGAGCAUAAGGGUUUGCAAUACCAGGUGAACCAGACUUUCGUUCAUGACUGCGAAGACAACUGCACGUGUUUGGCCAAUGGUCAGUUCGAGUGUUUCCCUUUGUGUCCGGAGCAGGGUAUCCCGGAACUAGAAGAGGGCUGCCAUCUCACCCAGGGCAACCACUGCUGUGAAGUUCGAGUCUCGUGCUCUGUUGGUGGAGAGGUCUGUGACGUGGAAGGCGUGAAGUACUCACACGGUGAUGAGUUUGAGUCGGGCUGCAAACAGUGCGUGUGUAUGCACGGAGAGUUGGAGUGCCAGUACCCGCCGAGUUGUCAGGUUUUACAACCGUCAGAGAGCUGUCCGAACCCGGAGCCCGUGGACGUGGAGGGAGCCUGUUGUCCAGAUUGGUCCUGUGAUGUUGACGAACUGAUCCGGAGAAUGUUCGCCCUGUCGUACAGUCCCGUGACUCUCACUCUCAGCUUCGAGGUGGACGCCGUGGCGGAACAGAAUGGUGUCGCCGUGUACCCAGAGUACGAGGUGAUGUACACCAACACCACUGAUCUCACCCACAACUGGCGCCGGCGUGUGGUCCGGCCCGUGGACGUCAGACUUCACCAGGAUCAGUCUCAAGAGGAGCAGCCGGACCAAGCGCUGACCACUGAGAGAGCCAUUGUGGUGGACAAUCGUGCAUACGUCACCAUAGCCGGCAUGUACCCCAACACCACGUACUAUGUGAAGAUUCGUCGACUGGCUGAUGAUGCGACAGACCAAGGGGACCUAACGUCUGCUAACAGCACACAUCACCAGACAUCUGCCAUGGUGGUGAUAAAAACUAUGCCCUUGAAAAGUGUAACAUCGUGUUUUCAUGCUGGUCAAGAAGUGCCCCACGAGGAACAAAUUCCAAGUCAUUGUAGCCAGGUGUGCACUUGCCGGUUCGGCCAGAUCGUGUGUGAGAGCGCGUGUCCAUCAGAGCAUGGCCUCAUCGCCGUGUCUCCCUCCUGCCCGCGACCACGUUUAGAGAAGACGGGGGGAGAAUGCUGCCCAACGUGGAAGUGUUACCCUUCUGAAAUAGCCUCUCCGUUGGGCGUGGAGUCGUCCAUUCUCUUACGGUUCCGGGGUUCGUGUACACAGCCAGUCUCUAAACUUGAGGAAGAACUCGGCCAGCAAGUGUUCCUCAAAGUUGCCGCUCACAUCCAGAGUGUUUUAGGCCAGGGCAGCCUGAGUGGUCAGCUGAGAGACGGGCUGCGAGUGGAGCUAAAGUGUGACGUCAUGCCGGAGCAGACGUCGGAGGAAAGAAGGAAGCGGUCGCCGGAUGAGGGUGCUACAGAGGAAGGAUUCAUCAAUGUGGUGGUCAUCUUGCACUCAAACUGGAGCAGUUCAGCAAGCGACUUCCCUAGUACCGGGGAGGAGAUGUACAAUGCGAGUUUACGACUGACCAGUGUGCUCAACAACAGUCGGGAUGUCUUCGAGGCAGGAGGUACCGCUCUCACGACACAGUCUGCACAGUUACAAGCGUUUCACUUUCUAUGUGACACAGGCUUUUCCUACCAGAAAGGAUCUUGUGAUUGAAUACAGACGGGCCAAUGAUUUGAGCUGGCUGGCCACCGGCCGUAUCCUGCCGACUGUGACCUCACAAACAUUAAACCAGCUCUCUCCAAAUCAAGAGUAUGUUGUUCGACUGUUGGCCUUGACCUUUUGGCCAGGCAAAUCAAAGUGGCCAAUGGCAACAGCACAGUUUACUACUGAUCCAUACGACGCCUCUGCGAGUACCGGAUGGACAAUAUCACUUGGAGAUGUAACGAUCGCCGAGUCCUAUGCGAUCUUGUCCUGGGACCCUUUGCCAGAUACGGUGAGGGAGCGCGUCUCUGGGAUCAGCGUUGCCUACAGAGUAUGGCCCACCAAACAUUUUACACACAAACUAAACGUACCAGACAUCGGCCAGACGCACGUGAAAAUGACUGAGUUGCAGCCCAGUAUGGCGUAUGUGGCCGAGCUCGCUCUCCUGAUGACAUCCGGAGCUGUCCUUCACUCUCAGCCUAUACAUUUUGAGACCAAGGCGAAAGAAACAAGUCACUAACAACAACUACACGGAGACGGAGCCAGCCGCCAACCCAGCCUCAGUGUGAGGAAGUCGACGAAGGAGACAGUCUCAGAGGGCUAUAACUGUGUCAAGAAAAGUUGCAUUCAUCGACACCGGAAUAUAAUCUUAGGAUUAGUUGUGUAUUCUGUUGUUGUUCAAGACUGUUUUGUUUGCUUGUUUUAGUAUUUUUGUAAGAAAAUAAGGCAGUGUGCUUUCAUCUUCCAGAGGCAGAUAGUGUGUGGAUAUAUCGGUACUUACUUUGAUUUGAUUAAUAUUAUGUCGUCGAAGGUUGGUUUUUAAAAAAAAUCUCUUUGGUAUUUUAUUGUGAGUGUUUGCCCUCGUUGGAUUCAAAGGGCAAAAGGGCAUUCACCCUAUCUACUCUAGUGCCACCUAUGCGGAAGAGGCAAUUUGGGACAUAGUGAUACAGUAACUUGUUGGACAAUACAAAAUGAUUUGUUGUUAUUUACAUAAUUUGUUGUUUUACCUUCAUGUUUCAUCUGUUUGUCAUCCAUGUAUCCAGUAUUCUCAUUCCAUUUAAAACAAAUAAAGAGUCCCCUUUUUUA